CUGCGCUUCGUCGCGGCGUAUAUCGAGUAUCUGAAUGAUUCCGGUGCGUGGUGUACCUAGCGCAAGCGUUCCGCAUCUAACAUCGCACCCAGUGGGCCAGGUCGGCCACGAUUACCUCCAGUUCUACCCCCAGGAUCGCGGCGAGCCUGGUCCCUCCUCCACCACCCCAACCCCCACCCACGACCCCGCCCCCUGGUUCACCGGCCGCGUCCUCAAAGCCCUCCGGCACGCCCUCGCCGCGCCCACCAAGCAGAUCCGCCGCCGCGCCAUCGACACCCUGUCCCGCAUGUUCGGCACCCUCGGCGCGAUCGACGCAAGGGUGGUCGACAAGGUCAGGGCGGAGGUGCGCGAGAGGCUGGCGGACAAAGACAGGGUCGUCCGCGCGCGCGCCGCGGCCCUCCUCUGCAAGCACAACAUGGCCGCUGGGGACGACCGCUUGGCUGCUGGGGACGAAGCGCUUCUCAUCGAGUCCAUGACGUGCGGUCCGGCCGUGGACGUGCGGCUCGCGGUGGUGUCCUACAUCCCCAUCACGGAGAACACGGUCCCCCACCUUCUCCUGCGCUCUCGGGACGACGGGCGCGACGAGAAGUCUGCGAGGAAGGGUACGCAGGCGGAUGCGAGGGUGCGCGCGGCGGUGUAUCGUCGACUGCGCGAGAACAUCGCUGUAGGGGAUGCACGGCAGAACUGCGCCGUGGAGGGUGCGGGGCGGGACGGCGCCGUGGAGGGUGCACGGCGGGGCGGCACCGCGGAGGGUGCACGACCGGACGGCUGGAUCACGAACAAGCUCAACGGCACCGUGAUCGACAAGCUCCUCGCCUACGGGCUCGACGACCGGAGCGAGGUCGUGCGAAGGGAGGUGGGAAGCUCGUCGCGUGCUCACGCGUCUCGGCCUCUCGUCGAGCACGUCGUUCCUGCGCGUCGUAGAGGUGUUCCUCGUCGCGCGUCGUAA